CUAACAGAGGAGGAGCUGAGCUUGGGAGAGGAGGAGAGGAACACCGAGGACAUGGCAGCAAGCAGAGGGAAGUAAGCCAGGAAAAACCCCUUUUUGCCAUGUUGAAGUUAACUUAAGUCACCACUGACAAUUUUGGGGAGGCCAGGGAGUGUGAGAUUUGUGAUUCAGUGUGCGGCUUUGUCACAUGGGUACUCAGGCUGAAAAUGAUGGAAAUCUUGGUGCUGUCUCACUUUGGGUUAGGUUGACCAGCCUGGAUCCUGGAGCUAGGGACCUGAAGCAAGGAUCUUGACUGAUGCGUGUUUACUACGACCUGACUUCUUGAGGAGAACAAGGACUUCUCUGAAGGGCUGUCCCCUCAAAGCAGCAGGCAGGACAAGCUUGGCUAGCAAGAGAUACAUGGGACACACAGACAAUUAAAGACUAGAAUAGACACUGUGCUUCAAGUCCCAAGAUUUGUGAAGGAAGGUUUGGAUCAAGGAGCCUGAAGACCAUGGAGGGAGACUGUCUGAGCUGCAUGAAGUACCUGAUGUUUCUUUUCAAUUUCUUUAUAUUUCUGGGAGGAGCAUGCCUACUGGGAGUUGGCAUCUGGGUCAUUGUGGAUCCCACAGGUUUCCGAGAGAUAGUGGCUGCCAACCCCCUGCUCUUCACAGGAGCGUACAUCAUGCUGGCCAUGGGAGCGAUGCUCUUUCUGCUGGGUUUCCUUGGUUGCUGUGGUGCCAUCCGUGAGAACAAAUGCCUCCUGCUUUUUGUAAGUUUCUUCAUGUUUAUUUUGUUAAUCUUCCUGGCGGAGCUUUCAGCUGCGAUCCUGGCUUUUAUCUUCAGAGAAAAUCUGACCAGAGAGUUUUUCACCAAGGAGCUGAAGAAGCAUUACCUGAGGAACAAUGACACGGAUGUCUUCUCUUCCACCUGGAACUCUGUUAUGAUCACAUUUGCCUGCUGUGGAGUGAACGGACCAGAAGAUUUUGAAGCUGUCCCUCAUCUUCCAUACUCCUCUUUAGAAAGUGUAACACCAGAGGCUUGUUGCCAGCGAGAGCUCCAGAGCCGGGAAGGGAUGUUCAUCGACAAGGAAGCCUGCCUCACAGGCAUUGAAAGGUUUCAGAACCGACAGGGCUGCUACACCGUGAUCCUGAACUCCUUUGAAACCUACGUGUACCUCGCAGGAGCCCUCGCCAUCGGAGUGUUGGCUAUUGAGCUGUUCGCCAUGAUCUUUGCUAUGUGUCUCUUUCGAGGGAUCCAGUAAAAGGUGGCCCACGAACCACCACGUUCCCCACAUGUUCAGAAGAAAGAAGGAAAACCAGAAGAAACAAAACCUGAAAACACCCAAAAAACUUUAUUUUUUUUAACAAAAUGGGGUAGGGGGAUAAAAAGAAAAAAAAAGAGGGUUGUAAUAUAUGAAUGACCAAAAGGAUUGUACUUCAGGGGCUGGAACUUUGAGGUGAUGUGCACUACACUGUACACCGGACCCUUGCCCAGAGCCACCCGCAGCAGCCGUGGAGCAGGAGCCCAGUGCAGCCAAUUGCACUAGAGACUGAUGGAGCUGGUGGUGGGGAGCAGGUGGAUGAGCACAGCUGCCUCUCCCACAAGGCCCUGCCUACCAUUCGCGACUCUACCAUGCUUUAGGCAGCAAAGGACUGAAGAACAGACAUGCAGGGGCUGGAUAAGGCAACAGGUUGGCUGGAGUCUGUGACAGUCCUGCUGGGCUUGAAACAAGUGGUGGUGACUCAUCUAAGAAGCAGGUAGUCAUCGUUUGCACGGUUCUGGCUUUAAUUCCAAGCCACAGAAUGAAAACACACAUUCUUCAGUGGAAGCUUUGUCCCUGUCACCUGAAACAGGUCAGAGAAGUCAAGCACUUCAGUGAGGCUGGCUUUUCUCUGGAGCCCCAAGCAGGGGCAGUGUCGUCUCACUUAGUGAUGGGACUCAGCUAAGGCUGGCUGGUGAUCAAGAGUUUGGUGCCUAACUUUCUGUUUCUAUUAAGAUUUACUGUUCAUUGUUGUGAAAGAGACAAGGUGGUUCCCUGCUGUGUUCCCAUGUCCUGGGAAAAAUAAUGGCUCCGAUUAAGAAUCAUUGAUACUGCUCCCUUCCUGAGACGGGGAGGAAAUAGCAUUUAAAUCUUGUCAUUCUUUGCCUUUCCCUUCAUCCUUGCAAAAAACGGUUUGUGGUGCUCUGUUAGCAUAAAUAUUUGCAGUGGUUCCUACACGCUUUCCAGCCCUAAAGGGAGGUCCAGGCAUGGUGCUGCAUGGAGGAGGCUGAGGUUUGUCAGCCACUCCCAUGCUGUUUGCCUGAAGUGGUCUUGUGGUGUCAUUUCUGCUCAGAGGAUUUCCCCCGAGGUCCUCCCAUGGGCUCAUGAUGAAAGGAAGUCGGAACUGGUUUAGUCUGCCUGUUACUUGAGAGCAUUUCCUCCUUUGAGAUCGUUUGACAUUUAACUGAUGUGCCAUCUAGUUAUUCUACUUGAAGUGAACUUGAGAAAGAUGCCUGGGACUGGACCGUGGUCUGAGAUUAAGAUGGAACUACUGAGGCACCAAGCAGGCUCUAAUAGCACCCAGUGUGCAGCCAAACCAUCCCAGCUGCUGAUCCAGUGGUUGUGGUUAUCGACCCAGACUGGUCCCUGGUUUCUCUCCUCUGGAAACAUCAAUCCCUGUUGCCUUAAUUGUUCAUCUGGUCACUUCCUGACCCCAAACUCAUUUUACUUAGAGGAGGACAGAAGGGGCUGUGGUUUCUUGUUUAGUUUAGGACUUUUUACAGAUUUUAUAGGCUCAGAUUAUGGAGCAGUUUUAUAUAGGCUUAAACAGCCCCUCUGAAAGCUGUAACCACUGGCAAGGAAAGUGAGGGGGCAGAAGGCAGCAGUGAGGAGCUGAGCAGUAACCUCGUGUUGCAGCAGUAGGUAGGGUCUGUCCCCUUACACCACUGGGGCUGUCUCUGGAGCUCUCCCAGUGCCACUGCGCAGGCUGCAGGGGACAAAGGAAGGAAAGCAGCAGAAAGCCUGGUCCGUAAUAGACAAAGAUCCUGGCUAAAUAUCCAGACUGGGGAAUUGGGAUGCUAAAGAACAGGAAGGAAGCAUUAGAGCUUUUCCAAGCUUCAUUUGAAAAUAACAAGUUGCUCAUCAGCAGGAGAGGGCCUGGGCAGGUAGAGCUGCAGCCCCCCAUGCUGCAGUCAGCAUAUUCCAACAAUGAAAUAGGCAGCCAGGGCUGCUGAGCGGCCUCAGAUGUUGCAUUAAACCUUGUGGAAAGCUUCUCUGAACUAUUUCCCUCUGGACCUUCUUUUAAUGAGGCAUUUUAGCAUUAAAUUCUGGUCUGUUGUUAAUGAAGGAAAACAGUUUUGCUAGCCAAAACCCAGCAGUAUUUAUACCCAACAGCAGGUGCUGCGCUUAAGAUAGGAAAAAUCUGUUGCAUCUGUUAGUCUUGCAGGGAACGGGCCGAGCAGAAGGCGAGCUUAUCUGGUCUGCUUCUGCCUCAGGAGCUGGUGUCAGCGACUGUUCUGGGAGAGCAGUUCCCAGGGGAGGAACAAAACCAUCAGCAGAGAUGGUAAUAUGGCUGGAGGUGAGCAAGAGAAGCAGAACUGCCUCCCCCAGCCUCCAGUUCUUUUCCCUUUCCCCUCAGUUUAUUAUGCAAAGGCCUGCCUCUCAGGUCAGAGCCUGGAAGGCAAAAUACCCUCAUUUGUGCAUGGUGGGUGGCUGAAGGGGGGAAAAAAAAAGCCUCAAAGUCUUUUUCUGCCACCAGUGGCAUGGGGAAAAACUGUCAGAGCUGGGGGAACCGGACCAAAGCGCAAAGUGAUAAAUGCAUAUGCCUGAAGUAGGAUCUCUGCCGGAUUGUUUCUCUUUGGUUUUCCUAAUUCUGUACUUAUUACUUUGUGUGGUUUUAGCUUUCUCGCUUUCCCUCUCUCCCUAAUGGUAGUCCCUGUAUCUUCGAAAGGAUCUCGUUCAUCUGUUAUUCUGGCCUUUGCGCAGCUGUUUCUCCUCUCUUACCUUGCCUGAUCCCCCAUUGCUCUUUUCUGGAUGAAGACUUCAAAUCCUCUGCAGCUGGGUAGUGCCACUGGGAACAGCGCUUGAAACCCCAGCAAAGGCCAGGCAGCACAUUUUAAACAAGAACUGGAGAUAGCUGUAAAGAUACCGACAAGUCUGAGAGGACCUGUAGAAGUUGCUAACAGGCAGAAGGAAUUUCCCCUGGGGGGAUUUAAUGAAUGAGCAAGCCCAGAAAGCAGAUUUCACGCUGUUAUGGUGAAGCAUGUAAAUUUGUUGAUUUUUGUCCCUUGGUUAUGUGGCUGCCUGCUCUGUUGUACAGUAGUCUUCAGAACAGCGGGCAGGAGAAGCAACUGUAUUUUUAUAUUUAACAGCUCUGGUGGAUAUUUUGGGGUCAGGGACUCGAGCUAGAUUUACUGCUCACUGGAGAGCUCUGGGCAAGCUGGGGACCAGAGGGAGCUGCUGUGCUGCCGCCUCCUUCGCUGUAGCACCGUGACCACAGCCCGAGCACCCGGGAUGGAAGUAGCAGAGAGCAGCCUGUGCCUGCGAGCCCACAGCCCCUCUUGGUGCCCCUGCCUCCUGGCUGUUAUUUAAUGCUCAAAUGACUGUCACGAAUGCCUGGGAAAAGGGCUGCGUGUGAAAUAAUGUUUGAAAUCUAUUUUAAAAAAAAAAACCUGUAAAUGUUCUUUUUAUUAGAUAGUGGAGCUAAUUUAUCCUGUAUUCCCUACUGUAAUGCUUUUUUAUAUUGAAAUGAUUUUUUUUUUUGGUAAUAUAAACCAGAACACAAGCCUGAAGCACUCUCUGCACGGUUUUUGUGUGCGUUUCUUAAAAAAAUAAAAAAAAAUAAAAGAAAGAUAUUGUGACAGUGAAGUGAAACGGCUUUAAUUUUCACUAUUUGCUUGGUGUUAAGUACAGUCACUUUCUUACCAGAGGAGAAAGAAUAAACUUGGGUACAGCAGC